UACUACUUGGAAAGUUAAAACAAAAACCUACCCUAAAUUUAUAAAUAUGAAUUCACAUCGCAUCACAAUCUUAGAUUAUGAGGUCUUUCAAGUGGUUGAUAGCAUUACAGGACUUUCUAUUCAAGGCCGA